ACCACCGUCUGACACAUCUUUGUCAGUGAACAAAAUGGCAACCUACUGUCUCACUGUCGCCCGGCUCCAGCUGGCUCUGGGUCAUGGUGCACGGCGCCUGCAUGUAUCGGCAGCCUACAGAGCCCAAGCCCACGUGUCCAUGAGCCGCUUUGAGCCCAGUUCCUUCGUCAACUAUGAGAGGCUCCAGUCCAAUAUUGACAUUGUGCGAAAAAGACUCAACCGGCCGCUCACCUUGUCGGAGAAGAUCGUGUACGGCCACCUCGAUGACCCCCACAAGCAGGAGAUCGACCGCGGUCGCACUUACCUGCGACUGCGUCCCGACCGCGUGGCCAUGCAGGACGCCACAGCCCAGAUGGCGAUGCUCCAGUUCAUCAGCAGCGGCCUGCCGAAGGUGGCCGUGCCCUCCACUAUUCACUGUGACCAUUUGAUCGAGGCCAAGACCGGAGGGGUGAAGGAUCUAGCCAGAGCAAAGGAGGUCAACCAUGAGGUCUACAACUUCCUUUCCAGUGCUGGGGCCAAAUAUGGAGUUGGCUUCUGGAAACCAGGCUCUGGAAUCAUCCAUCAGAUAAUUCUAGAGAAUUACGCCUACCCCGGAGUGAUGCUUAUUGGCACAGAUUCCCACACACCAAACGGCGGUGGGCUUGGGUCCAUCUGCAUUGGCGUUGGAGGAGCGGACGCUGUAGAUGUCAUGGCAGGAAUCGCCUGGGAGCUCAAGUGCCCCGAGGUGAUCGGUGUGAAGUUGACCGGUUCCCUCUCAGGCUGGACGUCUCCUAAGGAUGUCAUCUUGAAGGUGGCUGGCAUCCUGACGGUGAAGGGCGGCACUGGAGCCAUCGUAGAAUACCACGGACCCGGAGUUGACUCCAUUUCCUGCACUGGUAUGGCCACCAUUUGCAACAUGGGAGCAGAGAUUGGAGCCACGACCUCAGUGUUUCCCUACAACCACCGUAUGAAGACGUACCUGGAGAAGACAGGACGUGGACAGAUCGCUGCCCUGGCUGAUGAAUUCUCAGACUUGUUGGUACCCGAUGAAGGCUGCAAGUAUGACCAGCUCAUCGAGAUCAAUCUGGACGAGCUGAAGCCUCACAUUAACGGGCCCUUCACCCCGGACCUCGCUCACCCAGUGUCUGAAAUAGGUGCUGUUGCUGAGAAGAACGGCUGGCCGCUGGAGGUUAAAGUUGGACUGAUCGGCAGCUGUACCAACUCCAGCUACGAGGACAUGGGCCGCGCUGCCUCUGUGGCCAAGCAGGCUUUGGAUAACGGCCUGACGUGCAAAGCUCAGUUCACAGUCACCCCUGGCUCCGAGCAGAUUCGUGCCACCAUUGAGAGGGAUGGAUACUCAAAGAUCCUUGGUGAUGUAGGAGGGGUGGUCCUGGCCAACGCAUGCGGACCAUGCAUUGGACAGUGGGACAGGCAAGAUGUGAAAAAGGGAGAGAAGAACACAAUCGUCACGUCCUUUAACAGAAACUUCACUGCCAGGAACGAUGCUAACCCUGCAACACACGCCUUUGUUACCUCCCCCGAGAUUGUCACUGCCCUUGCAAUCGCCGGCACGUUAAACUUCAACCCAGAGACGGAUUACCUUACAGCCGCCAACGGUGAGAAGUUCAAGCUGGACCCACCGUAUGGGGAUGAACUGCCUGCCAUGGACUUUGACCCAGGCCAGGACACGUACCAGCACCCGCCCCCUGACGGCACCAGCAUCAGGGUGGACGUCAGCCCCGAGAGCAACCGGCUACAGCUGCUCGAGCCCUUUGACAAAUGGAGCGGCAGUGAUCUCGAGGACAUGAAGGUCCUCAUCAAGGUGAAGGGCAAAUGCACCACCGACCACAUCAGCGCUGCUGGACCUUGGCUGAAGUUCCGCGGUCACCUGGAUAACAUCUCCAACAACAUGCUGAUCGGUGCAGUCAACAGCGAGAAUGAUGCCAUCAACAAGCUCAAAAACUACCUGACAGGGGAGUACGGAGGAGUCCCCGAUGUGGCCCGUCACUACAAGGCCAACGGUGUGUCCUGGGUUGUGGUCGGAGAUGACAACUACGGUGAGGGCUCCAGCAGAGAGCAUGCCGCCCUGGAGCCCAGGCACCUGGGAGGAAGAGCCAUCAUUGUCAAGAGCUUCGCCAGAAUUCAUGAAACGAACUUGAAGAAGCAGGGUGUGCUGCCACUGACCUUUAGCAACCCAUCAGACUACGACAAGAUCUGUCCCGAUGACAAGAUCUCCAUCAGAGGACUCAAAGCCUUCGCUCCAGGAAAGCCUCUUUCCGCCGCCGUGAAGCACAGCGACGGCAGCGAGGACACCUUGGAGCUGAUCCACAGCUUUAAUGAGACGCAGAUCGAAUGGUUCCAGGCCGGCUCCGCCCUCAACAGGAUGAAGGAGAUGCAGUGAGGUGGUGGAACGAGGAAAGGACAUGUGGAGGAGGAGGAUUUCCAGGGGGGAAACGGGGCAUUCAGGAUUGUGUGGAAGAAGAAUGUAAGAUGCUGUUAAUGUCUGUUCCAUCCUCUGCAUUAGUGCACAGUUUGGACUGAAGAAAUGUGACUCUAUAACUCAGACUGAACUGCUCAACAUUCAACUGUUUGAGUGCAGCCUAAUGCUGACGGUGCAACGGUAGGUGCUGGUCUUCGCUAAGACUUAAGGUUAAGUCAAACGCUAGAAGCCGGAGUCUGUAAACAAACAUUGAACACGGCGAGCUUUGACAUACAGCCACGCCAGCUGAGGUGCCUCUGUUGUUUUUGCAGCUGUUCAAACUGGUCUGUGGAGCGUGGAAGCCACUUCACUCUGGAGCUCAGCCAGCUGGUCACACACUGGCUUAAGGAUUGUGUUGCACACGCCAUAUGCAAUAAUCAGCUGUAUUUUUCUUCAUUCAACCUGCAUUCAAAGGAAACAUGCAUUAGUGUAUUUACUCAUUUACUUGUGGUCAACCUGUUUGCCCCCCAGUGGCCAUGAUGAGUUACUGUUGUGUCUACGAGGCACAGCAGCGACAUCAUGUUAUCUGGUUUACAGUUUUGAAAGCAGCGCUUUGUUUUUUUCUGCAUUAUUGGAACUGUAGUAAGUCGCAUCGGCCAGUAUGAGUGCAAGUGGACCCAACAUAACAGUAAAUAAACUAACGUAGUGUAACGUGAACACCACAGAUCGAUUACUGUACAUCUAAUGAGAGGAUUUAGGGGUCGGUUUUGUAUCUAUAUUCUUUCAGCCGAUUCAAAAACAUGAUGUGAAUGUUACAAAAGGUUGACGCUUCCUGAUAUACAGUAAUACUAUGCUUGAAUGCUGUGUGAGAAUACAGUUAACACCCCUCUUCUUGAGCCCAUCACCUCCUUAAACUGCCCUCCCGACCAGUCCUGAACCUCUUUACAAGGUCAAACAUAAUGUGGUUUCCUGCGUGCUUUUACCAUAGACUUCCUUCUCAUUCAAGCACAGGUUCAACAUGCACCAGUGUCCUUGUCCGUCGUGGGGUUUCAGUCGCCUUUUUUUUUUUUGUAGUGUACCAUGUCACUUUUACCUCAACAGAAAUCCAACUGUAUUGAAGAAAAUGGAAGUAACAGUCUGUUACUGGAAAAAUGUCAAACUGACAUUAGACUGUAAUGUAAAUGAUCAGUAACGUGGCAGCUCAUGAGAACCCCAGAUCGGCUUUGGUACUCUGUGGAUGUAACUAACCGAAACCUCAUCAUGGUGAUCAUUACCAGAUGUGCUUUGUAUUUAUGACUGUUUUAUUUCCCUUCCCAGUCCGUGCUGACUAAAUGCAUCGAGAGGUUAUUCAGAUGAAGGCUUAAACCACUAUCUUCCUCUAACCGACUAUGUGACGUGUUUAGUUACAUGUCCAUUCAUGUACAAGUGUUCUCUUUCUACAAGAUUAUGUUUUUCUGUAAAACAGAAAUGCCAAUCGGUUUCAAAAAUAAAAACAAUCACAGAUCUGA